UUUUCUGGGCAAACCCAACACCCUCCACAGUUUCAGAUGAGCGAGGAAAGCUGUCAGGAUCUGAGUUGGAGUGGGAGGAGUAGCUCAUGUUAGGCUUGAUUCCGGCGCUCGCCUUUGCCCGUAGUAAAGAUGAUGGGCGCCCGGGCGCCCCGAUGUUAGCGUCAUUGGGUCGGCCGCACAGCCAGUCGGGAAGCAAUUUCAAACUGGGGCGGGGUCUCGCUUGGAAGAUGCCGAGGACCGGCUGGACCUGAGUAGCUCGGCUACGUGGACUAGCGGGUACUGAGGCCGCCCUGCCUGCCCGCGGCGGGCGGAAGUUAUGGACUCAUUGGAUGUGCCAGAAUUCACUCCAAAACACAGGGUACCUCCAAGACUUAGAGAUUACUUUACAGGUGCCAGCCCUUUCCACAGACAUCUAGAAUCAGUCAGGAAGCAGACUUCAUUUGGUCAGACACCGUUUCGGAGGAAAAUUCCUGAGUGCUCACCAUUGCAAGAAAACUUUGACCCACAAAGGAUUGCAUUUCUUUUGCAUAAACAGUGGACCUUAUAUACGCUGACUCCCAUGUAUAAGUUCUCCUACACUAAUCUUAAAGAGUACUCUAGUCUUCUGAAGUCUUUCAUUGCUGCUGAAAAGCAAAAAGGACUGGCUGUGGAAAUGGAAGAAGAUUUCAAUUUCAAAGUGAUUUUCUCCACUCUCUCAGGAGUGAAAGGAACACAACGAGACCCUGCAGCAUUUCUUGUACAGAUUAUAUCCAAAUCCCAACUGUCAUCAAAGAGUGCAGAAGAAAAAGUGGUAUGGACAGGUUGGUUUUGCUGUGUUUAUGGAGAUAGUCUUCUGGAGAAUGUGCCAGAUGAUUUUACCUGUCUACCUUUGUUCCUUGCAAAUGGGGCAGAGUCUAAUACAGCCUUAAUUGGAACUUGGUUUCAACAAACCUUUGACUGUCGUUUCACUCGAUUAACAAUUAGUGCAUUCAAUCUUUCCUGGAUGGCUGCUAUGUGGACUGCAUGUAAUCUGGAACAUUAUGUGGCUGCUACAGAACUGCUUUGGUCUGUGCCCUGUAGCCCUCAGAGUUUGGACAUUUCUUAUGCAAUACAUCCUGAAGAUGCAAAAGCUUUGUGGGACAGUGUUCACCAAGCACCUGAGGAGAUAACACAGGAGGAAGUUGACCUAUUCAUAGACUGCCUUUGUUCACAUUUUCACAGACAUUUCAAAAUCAAUUUGGCAGCUACAAGAUUGGUCUGUGUGUCAACAUCUGUAGCUUCUGCACAUACUGAUGGGAAAAUAAAGAUUCUUUGUAGCAAAUAUCUGAUUGGAGUAUUGGCAUUUCUGACAGAACUGGCAAUUUUUCAAAUUGAGUGACUUUAUGUGGACCAUACCUUGUGGAUUAAUUAUAUGCCAUUUUUACCAGUAAGCUGUCUGGCUGAAAUGGGCCAGAUGUGUGAGCUGUGCUCUUGCCUGAAGUAGCCAUAGCUUUUCACAUCCGUCACGGUGCCCAAGAAGUGGUCCCAGGGGGGAUGUCUAACAAGGAGCCAGAGAAAUGGAGAACAUAGCAGUGGCAGUUACAGGCAGGUGCUGGUUUGUCGGACUAGGUGACUUGGUGCCAGGUUCCAGUACCCUGGAGAUUGCUGGUUUUUGUUUUACAUCACCCUUUUGAAUUUCAUGUGACAUACUCUUAAAAUUGGUUUGGGACAUUAAAGCAAAUCUAUCUAAUUACAUAUUAAAGCCUCAGUCCAGUUAGCAUCUUAGUCUCACUACUUAGUUUUGCUCAUUUCAAAACUUUCACCUAGAUUUUAAAAUUCAUUUUCCUGGAGUGCAACAUUUGCAAAGGAAAAGCAAGAAAGGCUGGAUUAAUGUGCAAACUUUAGCUGCUAAUUUGCUUCUGUUUUGUAUGACAUGGACUAUUUUGCACUGUGGAAUUAAAUAUGCAUAUUUUAAUAUGAUGUAAAGUGUUUAAUUUUAAAAUGAUAGAUCUCUUGUAGAUUUCCUUUAAGGGUUUCUGUGAUCAUUGUUUAAAUGGAGAGAGAGAUGCCAUGGGUACAUUCAAUUCAGAGUCAGAAGAUUGUUUUUUUUUUUUCAAAUUCUGGUUUUGUUAUUUAUAUGCCUGCAUGAGCUAGAGUAAGUUGCUUUUCUUCUAUGAGCCUCAGUUUCCUCAUCCAUAAAAUAAAGAGAUUGGACUAAGUCAACUAAGAUACUAUCCAUUAAAGUGCUUAGCACAGUGCCUGGGACAGAGUAGCCCCUAAAUAAAGACUUACUUCCUGCCAUUUUCCCUUGAUCAUCUUGGAGGGCCUUCUAGCUCCAAAUCUUAUUCUUUGUAGAAAAUAGGAAGGUAAGCUUUCUUUCUAGUACAACAGCAUUUAUAUGCUAUUUAGAGAACAUCAUUUAGUGCCAACCUAGGCUCAUGAAAUGAUGUAAUUUUUAGUGUAGGAUUAAAACUUGUACUCUGACUACAAAUCCGAGUUUCUUUUUUUUGUAGUACCUCUUUAUAUCUCUGGACCUGGAAGAGAUCUUAGAGAUCACUUAAUCAAGCUUCUCAUUUUACAGAGGAGACUAGAGCUUAAUAUCAUUGAGCAUGAUCUACUUUUCUUUCUGAGCCUCAAAAGCUUUCUAGGAGAAGAACUUUUUAUUUAUUAGUAGAGAGGCUCUGUCUGGUUAAAGAAUUGUUGUUCCUUUGAAUGUGUCUGAUCCUAUGAAAGAAAAACCUUGAUUUCUUACAGGGUGUUUGUGAAAUAUACUACACAAGAUUAUCUUAAUACUAGAACCUUGACAGGAUUAACUCCUGAAGAUUAGAAAGGGGUGAAUGGCAAAAUGCUGGUCUUUAACAAAAAAGAUAAAGGCCAGCCUUGCUUGGUAAAGGACAAUACCCAGGCCUUAGGGCUUGCCUUCUUUAGCUGGAUAUUUACACAUGGCUCCUCUCAUGGGAUUGUUGUAAGGAAAUGUAUGAAUUAUUUUCUAACUUGUACUUUAAUUGUUUAGUGUCUGUCUCAUUUAGGCUUAUAAAUUCCUUGACAUCCUAAAUUGCCAUCUAUUUUUUCACUUUAUAUCUUCUUGGUAUAGUACCUUCCAAAUAAGCAUUUAAUGUUGCUUGAGUGAAUUAAUUGGGGUUAAAAUUAAGCAGCCAAUUUGUCUUCCAUUAGAACAAAAAAAAUCAUGAGAAAAAAUUGUUUUAGGUUAAGAGAAAGUAAAAAAUUCUCAUUUCACUUGAUCUCUUCUCCCUUCCUUUGUUCAAGGCUGCCUUUGUUCAGAAUGUAUUCUGCCUCUUCUUUAAGGUUCAGCUCAAGUCAGGAUGCUUUUGAAGACUUCUUGGGGUCCCGAUUCUCUCUCCAUUUUAUAAAUUACCAUAAUAUUACAUUGCAUAGGGCUUUAGAUUCCUUUUUCACAUAUUCCCAUUUGAUCUUCACAACAUCUCCCUGACAUAGGCAGGGCAGAGCCUGGGAUUCUCAUUUUCUAGGUGAGCUUCAGUCAGUAUGGAUCUGAGACUAGAACUGAGGUCUUUCAGAAGAUGUACUCUCUGAUGAAAUAGCUGCUUCUUUUAUACCACUCAUUUUGGCACUUAAACUCUUAAAGCCAUACUCUGAGGUCUUAUUGUGGUGUGGUUGUGAUCUCCAAGGCUAUGCCAGGGGAGAGCCAGUUCUGGUGCAUCUUACUAAGCUGAAAAGGCUUUGUAGGUCUUCUUUUGACAGAGUAGACCCCUUUGGCAGAUUGUAUGGCUCUUGCUUGGAACCAGCCUAACUAAAUUAGGAACGGCUGCAGAAUGAUGAAAUUUAUUGGCCCAGCAUCCCUGGAAAACUAACAAAGUCCCCACACUGAGGAAGUCCUAGAAGUAUUCUUGAUGGUCUCAUCUCCUCGCCUCCCCAGGCUCCCCAGAAAAGUGCUUCAGAACAGGAAACCCCCGUUAGACUUUUGGAUUUCAAAGUUACUUGAGCCUCUGAUACAGUCACUUAAAAAUUUACUGGACUGAAAAGAAUUCCGAUAAACACAGAAGCAAAUGCCCAGGAAAUAAAAUAACUUUCUCUCUCUUUUUUUAAAACUCUGCUUACUAUUGAGUAUUUGGGCUCUUUUUUAAGCUUUCUUUUUAGGGAUUUCUAACGUUUGAUGUUUAUAAUACUUCUUUCCAAAUUUUGCUAGUGACAGAUAGUAGCCAUUUGGCAUGCGAGCACUAUGCUAUCUUCCAGUGAGGGUAAUUGGAUCCAGAGUGAAGUGUCUCCUAUAAGAGCCCACUAAAAAGUAGGUUGUGCCCAAGCAAGGCAUUGUAAAUCGAGUCAGGUCUUUUUGCUAAGGAGCCAGCAUCAGCACAAGCAGAUCUCUAAGUCUAGUUCCCUCAGUUAGUAUUUAUUUAGAUUCUUUUAUGGCCAAAGAACUGUUCUAACCUGAAAGAGUAGGGUCUUAACACCUCUUCCCCCCUCUCCCCCCACUCUCUAAAAGUUUAAAACUUAUUUUGUUACUUUUAGCAUAACAUUUAGGUUAAAGAUGAAAGAUUAUAACUUCUAAUCACAUGGAAUAAGAUAUUUACUAUCUUUUUAAAAAAAGUUUUAUAAACUGGGAUUAUAGUAGCCUAUGUACAAAUUCUCCAGCUAAUUUUCUUGUUGGCAUCAGAGCAAAUAUUUAAUUUCUCAAGAAAAAUUGCCUGUGAUAUGGUCCACAAUGUCAGUUAUAAUAUAUUUUAGGUCAGUUGACAAACGAUUUUUUAGAUUUUUCUUUUAAAAAUCAGAGAAGUUCAGAACAUAAAUUAAAGCAUGUUUUAUUUUUUUGGAUAUGGCUAAUAUGGGAAUUUGUUUUGUAUGGCUAUACAUAUUUGUGAUGAGUUUUGCUUGUCUUAUCUUCUUUUAUCUUAGGUGAGGGAUAAGAACAGAGAGAAAUUGAAAAUGAAAACAAUUUAAAAAUACAAGUUAUAAUAGUGAACUGGAGGUUUUAAAAAUACUUGGAUUCAUCGAAGACUCUUUAAAUUAUAGUCCAGAUUUAUUAGCUAUAAUUACUUCUGUUUCACAAAGAUCUGCUAUUUCAUUUUGGUGGUAGGUUCCAAAGGGCUCCGCCAGCAGAGCACAAAGUCUGGUAAGCUUCACGUGCUGGAAAUGAACUUUUGAGUAUUGUAUUGUGUUGUCUGAGGACCAACCUGGGGAAAGACUUCUUAUGAUCCCAUAAAAUUUGACCAUUCUGUGAUGAUUGCUUUGAUCAUGGCAAACCUAUAAAACAAAGAAACAUAAUAAAUAGUCCUCAGUUCUGUGCAUCCCCGCUUCAACUUUCAUAAUGACGUAGCAGAGUAGCAGAAAAAAGUAGGGAAGAGGGUGCUAAUAACUAUUGACUGUAGGUACUCUAAACGUGAAAUCUGCCCAGUGGCCAAUGAAUCAAUGUACUAGUGGAAGGAUUUAAGUUCUUUGAGGGCAGGGAUUGUCAUAUUUUUGUCUUUAUAUCUCUAUCACCUGUUUGUAUCCCCAGCACUUAGUAGGAUGCCCGGUACAUAGAAGAGCCCUUGAUAAAGCAUUAAAGACUCAUCUCAUCAGCUCCCAUGGAUUCAGUAAUCAUCUUUAUGCAGAUGAUUCUCAGAUUGGCUGACCAGCCCUAGUCCAGAACAUUCUCCUUCAUUGUCUACCUCCUGACUUCCUUCUAGUCUCAGCUAAAAUCUUACCUAUUGCAAAAAAUCUUUUCGGGGCUUCCUGAUGUUGGUGCCUUCUCCCUGAGAUGAUUUCCUGUUUAUUCUGCAUAUGUAAUCAAUUCUCAAGUUUUGCAGGAGGGAGGUUCCUAGAAAAUAUCGAGGAAGUAAAAAGUGCAAAUGUUGAUGCAUUAAACCCGUUGGAAAUAGGGAUUAGGGUUCUGAGGACCCCCCCCCAAAACUGUAAUCUUUCAUCAGCGAUUGCUGAAAAUACACUCUUCUACGUAUAAUUCCCUAUAAUAAAAUGUUAACUCUGUUAAUGGGCACUCUUCCUAACACUGUAUCCAUGAAAUGAUCCAUAAAAUGUACAUGAAAUAAAACUAGUAAUGACAAAAA